AUGAAGGUUUUAAUAGCUGAUCUUUUCAGUCAAGCAGCCAUUGAAGAAAUUCAACGCAGCGGGAUCGAGCUUGUUUAUAACCAUCAGCUUAACGGCGACUCACUAGCAGCUGAACUAACUAAUUUUGCCCCUGAAAUCCUUGUAGUCAGAUCCACCAAGGUUACAAGUCAGCAUAUUAACGCUUCCCCAGCUUUGGAAUUCAUCAUAAGAGCAGGUGCCGGUACGGACAAUAUUGACUCUAAAGCAGCCAGCAGCAAAGGGAUUUACGUCGCAAAUUGUCCUGGAAAAAAUUCCAUUGCAGUGGCAGAACUUGUCUUAGCCUUAAUGCUCUCUGUAGACCGCAGAAUCCCUGAAGGUGUCGCUUUAUUAAAGCAAGGGAAAUGGAACAAAGGACUUUUCGCUGAGUGUUUUGGCAUCAAAGGCAGAAAAAUCGGGAUUAUUGGCCUUGGAGCCAUUGGAAGAGAAGUUUCAGUCAGAGCCAAAAGUUUCGGUAUGGACGUCUGCGGAACUGACCCAUUUGUGUCCCCUGAACAAACAAGAGCUUUAGGCAUCGAAUACUGUAGCAAUGCUGAAGAAGUUUCAAGAAUCAGUGACGUUAUAACUUUCCACGUGCCAGCCACCCCAGAAACAAGAGGCAUGAUUAACUCAGCUUUUAUUGCAAACUGUAAAGAAAAUGUGGUUUUAAUCAACACUUCUAGAGGAGACAUUGUAAAUGAGCAAGAACUUUUGCACGAACUCAACCAAAGAGCUGGACUUUGGUAUGCUUGCGAUGUAUAUCAGGGAGAACCUGCAGUCAAAGAAGGAGAUUUUGUGCAUGCUUUAGCUCAGCACCCAAGAGUAUAUGGAACUCAUCAUAUUGGAGCUUCUACAAAACAAGCAGAAAACGCGAUAGGACAAGAAGCACUCAGAAUGAUUCUUCAGUAUCAUAGAUCAAGAACUGUAGAUGCAGCCAAUUUAGUGAAUAUGCAAACAAGACCACUUGCUAAUUACUCUGUUAGCGUGAGACAUUAUGGACUUCAGGGAGCCCUUACUACACUUAUGGGGCACUUAAGAGAUGCUGGGUUCAAAAUCUUGGAUUUUGAAAACAAGGCCUUUAGAGAUGGAGCUUCAUUUAAGGCGACAAUCAAUAUUGACUGCAAUAAUCCACAAUGCUUACUCCCCUCUCCGUGAGUGAACAAACAAUUUUGUUCACUUAUGGAGGAGUUAAUUUUUUUUUAAAAAAAAAAUUUAUAUAAAUUUUAUAGAAAAUAUUUUUUUAAAAAUUUAAAAAAAUCCCACUUCGCAAAAUUGGAAAGCAAAUAUUAAUUUAAUUUAUAAAAUUUAUGUUUUAAAAAGCAAUUUGUUUAAAAUUAAACAGAAUUAGCAAGAGGUUUCAUUAUACUAAUUAUCACUUAUAUAUCAAAAAUUAUUUUCCAUAAAACAUUUUUCUAUUAAAAAAAUUUUUGUUCACUCACGGAGGGUGGGUUUUAAGGCAAAAAAUAGGGAUUUUUCUAAUGGUUUUGUUCACUCACGGAGGGGGGUUAGAAGGAAUUGCUAGAAUGAUUUCAGGGCAUGAAGAUGUGAUUAAUUGCACAGUCAUUCAUCUUUAA